AAACGAUAUUUUUAUUAGCGAAUAAGAUUGCUGAAUUUCAGUCGAGGUAAUGCAGUCACUUUCCCCUGUCCUUCUCAAAACAGUGGACCAAUGAGAGAGAGAGAGGAAUUAGCUGCGUCAAUAUGUUUGGUCCUGUGCUGUGCAGCGCAGCUAUAUAUGUAACCACGCACAUUCUUGUUCCUCCACCAACAGGUACCACACCACAACACUGAAUCUGAGGCAAUUUCCAACAAUGGAGAGGGAAAAUGAACCCAAAUUACCCAUUUUCAAGAGGAUUUGUGUGUUCUGUGGCAGUAGCCCUGGUAAGAAGACUAGCUAUAAAGAUGCAGCCAUUGCCCUUGCAAAAGAACUUGUUUCCAGGAAUAUUGAUCUUGUUUAUGGUGGAGGUAGCGUUGGAUUGAUGGGGUUGGUAUCCCAAGCUGUUCAUAACGGUGGCCGCCAUGUUGUUGGAGUCAUUCCCAAGACCCUGAUGCCAAGAGAGAUAACUGGAGAGACGGUGGGAGAAGUGCAGGCGGUGGCAGACAUGCACCAAAGGAAGGCCGAGAUGGCUAGGCGGUCUGAUGCAUUUAUCGCCUUGCCUGGUGGGUAUGGAACUUUAGAAGAGCUGCUUGAAGUAAUCACCUGGGCCCAACUCGGCAUUCAUGAUAAACCAGUAGGACUGUUGAAUGUGGAUGGAUAUUACAACUCCUUGCUGUCCUUCAUAGAUGAAGCUGUAGAGGAAGGUUUCAUCAGUCCAAGUGCACGCCAUAUUAUUGUAUCUGCACCUAAUGCAGAGGAGUUAGUGAAGAACAUGGAGGAGUAUGUUCCAAGGCAUGAAAGAGUAGCUUCAAAGCAUAGCUGGGAGAUUGAACAGUUAGGGUACCCUCCAAAAUGUGACAUCUCGAGAUGAACAGCAGUUUGAUAAGGGCUUUGACAGAGGGAAACAAAGAAGAAGAAGAAGAAGAAGAAGCAAAUGACUGACAUAAAAACCAUGUUUUUAAGACUCUUUGUGUAAGCUGUCCCAAUUUUUUGUUGUUCAAAAGUUUGGCAGCUAAAAUGAAGGCUUCGCUUUGAUCCAAUUAUUGUAUCUAAUAUUUCUUUCUCUACG